AUGCCCGCCCUGCUGCUGCUCGGGACUGUCGCGCUGCUAGCCUCCGCCGCGGGCCCGGCGGGGGCGCGCCCAUCCAACGACACGAGCGCAGUGGCCCCGGGCCCGCUGCCCGCGCUCCUCGCGCACCUGCGGCGCCUGACCGGGGCUCUGGCGGGAGGCGGAACCGCGGCAGGCACCAGCGCCAAUGCCACCAAGACCAGCCCAGCGGGUGGCACGGGCGCAGCGGCACGGGCGCCCCCUCCGGCCGAGCUCUGCCAUGGCUACUACGAUGUCAUGGGCCAGUACGACGCCACCUUCAACUGCAGCACCGGCUCCUACCGCUUCUGCUGUGGCACCUGCCACUACCGUUUCUGCUGCGAGCACCGCCACAUGCGCCUCGCGCAGGCCUCCUGCUCCAACUACGACACGCCACGCUGGGCCACCACGCCCCCGCCGCUGGCUGGAGGCGCCGGGGGCGCUGGGGGUGCGGGUGGGGGGCCAGGGCCGGGCCAGGCAGGGUGGCUGGAAGGGGGCCGGGCCGGGGGCGCUGGGGGACGUGGGGGAGAGGGCCCAGGGGGCAGCACAGCCUACGUGGUGUGCGGAGUCAUCAGUUUCGCCCUGGCUGUAGGCGUCGGAGCCAAAGUGGCCUUCAGCAAGGCGUCACGUGCGCCCAGGGCGCACCGGGAGAUCAACGUGCCCAGAGCUCUGGUGGAUAUUCUCAGGCAUCAAGCAGGACCUGCAACACGCCCGGACCGGGCCAGAAGCAGUUCUCUGACCCCAGGGCUGGGAGGCCCAGACAGCAUGCCCCCCAGGACGCCCAAGAACCUUUACAACACCAUGAAGCCCUCCAACCUCGACUGGCGUGCUAUGCCACCACCCAGUCCCUCCCUGCACUACUCCACGCUGUCCUGCUCUCGAUCCUUCCACAACCUCUCUCAUCUUCCCCCAUCCUAUGAGGCUGCUGUGAAAUCAGAAUUGAAUCGAUACUCUUCCCUCAAGAGACUGGCUGAGAAAGAUCUGGACGAAGCCUACCUGAAGCGCAGACAUCUGGAGAUGCCACGUGGAACGCUGCCCUUGCAUGCACUGCGGCGCCCUGGCACUGGGGGUGGCUACCGCAUGGAUGGCUGGGGUGGCCCUGAGGAUCUGGGCCUGGCACCAGCACCCAACCCCCGGCGGGUUAUGUCCCAGGAACACCUGCUGGGUGAUGGCCGAGCUUCCCGCUAUGAGUUCACGUUGCCUCGAGCACGCCUGGUGUCUCAAGAACACCUGCUGCUGUCUUCACCAGAGGCGCUUCGCCAGAGUCGCGAACACCUGCUGUCACCCCCACGAAGUCCUGCACUGCCCCCAGACCCCACCACCCGGGCCAGCCUGGCUGCCUCACACUCCAACCUGCUGCUGGGGCCUGGGGGCCCCCCCACACCCCUGCAUGGGUUGCCUCCAUCAGGCCUGCAUGCCCACCAUCAUCAUGCCCUUCAUGGCUCUCCUCAGCCAGCCUGGAUGUCUGAUGCGGGCGGGGGUGGGGGCACACUGGCCCGCAGGCCACCCUUCCAGCGCCAGGGCACCCUGGAGCAGCUGCAGUUCAUUCCUGGGCACCACUUGCCCCAGCAUCUGCGCACUGCCAGCAAGAACGAAGUGACUGUCUGAGGCCGGGUGGAGUGCUUGGGGGCUGUGGCUUCUGAGUUUCCCUUCUCCCAGCCCAGAUCUCCAUCACUGGCUUAUCAUAUACACCAAGGGUCUGAGACCAGGUGGACCCUUGGACCGGAGACCAUGCCUCCUUUUGGGAUGUUACCGCAGAUGAGAUCUCUCCUCCUACUUUGUCUCUGUUUGAACCGAGGCCUCCCUCCCAUGAUGUCAUCCCAGAGGAAGGAGGCCUGUACACGAGGUCAUUACUAGCAAACAUGUCUGUGUUUUAUAAUGUUGCAGGGACUAAACCUCCUCUUAUGAGGUCACCACAGAGAAAGAGCCCUGCCUAUGAGGUCAUCACUAGAAGCUACGUCCAUUUUGCAUGACAUCACCACAGAGACUCCUUUCCUGUGAUGUCACCACAGACAAUGCCUUGUCCCAUGCCAUCAUCCCUAGAAACAAAAACUUCUUCCUGCAGUGUCACUACAGAGAAAAGUCUCACACUUGUUGAGACUUGUUGGUAUCAUCCUGACUGAGCACCAAGGCCUCUUGCAAUUGUCAUCACAGGAAAAAUGUUUCUCUGCCAUGGAGAAGAUGCCUCCAUUCAUUCCAUGAUGCCACCACUACAGACAAAGCCAUUUUCCUGGGACACAUCGCAGGGGACCACACCCUGCCAAUUGUAUCCUCACUAAAGAUUAGGCCUCCUUUCCACAAUGCUGUCACAGGACUUUGCCUCCCUCCUGUGAUGCCAUCACCAGAUUAGGUGCCUUGCCCAAUGGCGCCAUCACAGGACCCGUGCCUCUUCAUGUGAUGUCAUUACCAGAAAUGACCACCUGUUCCUGGGACCUCUCUCCAGGGUGAGACCCUUCUGUGGUGUGACCACCAGUUACCACCCACUUGGAAACGACACCAGGAAACACCUCUAUUUCUGUGCCAUGUCCUGAGAAAGUUGGGCUUGUGUAGCCAAAGACCACCUGGGAAGAGGCCAGAGGAAGCAGCCUGUCCUGAGAUGUAAUCUGAGGGGUGUCAGCACUAGGGAUGCUGGUGAUGAUGCCCUCCAUCGGACCUCAUCAUAGAGUGUUUCCUUCUCAGAGGUGGUUCCCAGUCCAGAUGACCAAUGGUAGUGAUUGCAUAGUGAUCGUGUCAUCAGAGUCCUUCUCUUACUCUCUUAUAAUUAAGUUCCAUGGCUGCUUCCCAUGACCCCAGGGACGUAGCCAACAUGCUGUCCACUAGCCCCUCUAAAGGAAGGCUGGGCCUGUGCAGUGAGUCCUUGGGGAUGGCACCCAUGGAUGAGCCUCAGCUCCAAAGCCACUUUGAUCCAUGAGGUUUCUAAAGCCCUAGGACUCAUAGGUGAGCCAAAGGCUGGCAUCACUUCUCUCUGCCAUAUCUAAAGACACCUCUGUCAACAGAGUCCCCGUCUCUAUUGGAGAGGGAGGGUUGGGGUAUAUGUGCUGCUGACCUUGCCAAUGACAUUAUCAAUGCUCCCCAGUAUUCUCCUGUCAUGAUAGCACAGCAGUUGGGGUCCAAUGUUAACCAUGUCAUUUCCCAGGAUUCCAUAAGACUCACUUCAACUACCAUAUCAUCUUCCAGGCAGUAUCACCAUUAAUGGUGUCAUCAUUGUCUCCCAAGAUUCUUCCCAACCAUGGUGUCAUCAUCUCCCAGGGUCCAAACAACAUGUCAUCAUGAUGUUCCAGGAUCCACCACAACCAUGUUCUCAUUGCCUCUCAGAACCCUUCACAAGCUCA